AUGGCGCCAGCAAAAGCAUCUUCCGGGAAGGACAUCUACUCGGUGAUCCUGCCCACCUUCAACGAGCGCCAGAACCUGCCCAUCAUCACGUGGCUGCUCAACCGCACCUUCACGGAGAACAACCUUGACUGGGAACUAGUCAUCGUCGAUGACGGGUCACCUGACGGCACACAGGACGUUGCGCGUCAGCUGGUCAGCGCCUACUCGCCGCACGUGCAGCUCCAAACCCGCUCAGGCAAGCUCGGCCUGGGCACGGCGUAUGUGCACGGCCUGAAGUUCGCGAAGGGGAACUACAUCAUCAUCAUGGACGCCGACUUCAGCCACCACCCGAAGUUUAUCCCGCAGAUGAUUGCCAAGCAAAAAGCGCGGGACUACGACAUCGUCACGGGCACGCGCUACGCGGGCGACGGCGGCGUCUACGGCUGGGACCUGAAGCGCAAGCUGACUAGCAAAGGGGCCAAUAUCUUUGCUGACACGCUGCUCCGCCCCGGCGUGAGCGACUUGACGGGGAGUUUUAGGCUGUAUAAGCGGGCCGUGCUCGAGAAGCUGUUUGAGAGCACGGAUGCAAGGGGAUUCACGAUGCAGAUGGCGCUGGCGGUUACCGCGAAGGCGAAGGGUUACAGCAUUGGGGAGGUGCCGAUUUCGUUUGUGGAUCGCGUGUACGGGGAUAGCAAGUUGGGUGGGGAGGAGAUCGUGGAGUAUGCGAAGGGGGUGUUGCAGCUUUGGUGGUCGAUUUGA